AUUCAAAGAGCCUCUCUCUGCCCCGCUGCAAUAAAGGCAGAUAGCGGACCAUGGGGAGCAGGGGAAAACUUUCGAUACUGACAUGUUAGCUCAAUGACUUUUGAGUUACAUCUAACUGGGACGAGGCUCCCGGCGUGAGGAGGACAAGGGCCACUUUUCGGGAAGAAAAAAGGAGCACUUGCCAUCUGCCGGGGAACGGCAACGAGAAGCAAGACGGCAAAAGAGUUGAGACCAGUCCAAGAAUCACCGUUUUGGCCAUUUGAAUUGAAAGAUGAGCUUGUUGUCUGCCAUAGACACGAGUGCCUCCGUGUACCAGCCUGCGCAACUUCUCAACUGGGUCUAUCUCUCCUUGCAAGACCCCCACCAGACCAGCGCCUUUGACGCAUUCAGACCCGAACCCAACUCUUCCCACCCGGAUCUCAGUUUCAGUAAGACUCCCGCAGCGGCGGACUUGAGCUCGUCCCUGAACUCCAACUAUCUCAACAACUUCUUUCAGCUGCAGCGGAAUGAGGCCUUAAACAACAAUGUGUAUAAGAAUGUGUCACCCUAUGGCUCCCUGAACAACAUCGUGGAUGGACUCAACUCCCUUACGGACCACUUCUCAGACCUUUCCCUUUCUUCGGAGCCAAGAAAACCAAACAAGAGACCCCCUCCCAACUACUUGUGCCACCUGUGCUUCAACAAGGGCCAUUACAUCAAAGACUGCCCUCAGGCCAGACCCAAAGGUGAAGGGCUGACACCCUACCAGGGAAAGAAGAGAUGCUUCGGAGAGUAUAAGUGCCCCAAGUGUAAGCGGAAGUGGAUGAGUGGCAACUCCUGGGCCAACAUGGGACAAGAAUGUAUCAAAUGCCACAUCAACGUCUAUCCACACAAACAGCGCCCUUUAGAGAAGCCGGAUGGCCUGGAUGUUUCUGACCAGAGUAAGGAGCACCCGCAACACCUGUGCGAGAAAUGUAAAGUCCUGGGCUACUACUGCCGCCGUGUGCAAUAAUCAUCUUUAUUCAGAGUCAGAGAGCAACUUUUGUGUCCCAAGUCCUUUAGCUCAUCCUCCAUCAAGGCUGUUAACUUCCUCUCCUCACUUCAGGUUUCCCUCAUCCCUGCCCUGCACACAACAUGGCAGCCUUUCCUCCUCACAUCUUCCCCUCUUCUCUUAGAAGACUCAAUUAUAGACAGUAGCUCUCAUCCUCUGUCCCUCUACUCAACCGUGCUUUUUUUUCAGUGACAAUAUUGAAGAUUAUAUCCAGGAAUAAGAGGAACAUGUUAACUUAGGAUCAAUCUCUCCAAGUGCUCUUCAUCAAAAGCAAAAACUUGCCAAAAUCAGUGACUUUUUUUGUGCCUCACGUAUCAGAAUCCACAUAACCCCUUUUGAUCCAACUCGAUGUUUAACAACAACAAAUCAUGCAUUGAUAAAUUAGCAUGUAUUUCAAUGGUGUCACUGACAUUAUUGGUCUCAAUACGUUACCUCACCAUGAGGUUUGUUGACUUUGUGUUUACAGAGAUCAGCCUUCCAGUGAAAUGUGUAGUAAUGUGACGAACGUUUAAUCCGGGCCUCUCGUGAUGGUAUAAUGUAUACAAGGCCUUUGAUGUCUUGCCGUAUUCGGGUCAACAGCACAUCUUAUUAACUGUGAAUUAACUUUGGGACAAUGUGCCAUACAUCCCUAGCUUACAUUUGGCCUAUUUAUUUUUCUUGUUUUCUAGUGUGCAAUUUGAGUUUUAACUGGGACAUAAAGAAAUGUUUUUUUAUUUUUAUGUUUGUAUAUAUUAUAUUAUUGUGUAACUGCUUCCACGUGUCUUUAGAAACUACUGUAGGUUCAGUCGCUCCUUGUCUAGAUUUAGUGCAUCGCUAACAGAAAAGGUUUUUUCACCCCUUUCUAGAAUAUUUUUGCUGCCACAUAAGUUCUCAAUUAUCUAUAGUGUUAGAUACGUAGAGAUGUCAAAUAGGCAAAUUGUGUUCUUUUCAAAACACUUUAUGGUCAACUGAUAAGGAGCUGUAGGAAAACACUAGUUUUGGUACCAAUAAUCUUGCCGUCCACACAGUUUCUCUCCAGUGUUGAAUAUUCAAUUUAUUUUCAAAGCGCUUAAAAAUAGAAUUUGCUGCUUGCAACAUUUUGAUUAGCGUUGUCAAACGUGAUUCAACUGGUCACAUGUAAGGCCUGACUAGAUUUGAACCACACAUUAGUCAAAUACAAAGAAGCCGUUGGUUGGAAAGAGACAUCUGAGUUCACAUUGGAGUGAGUGCCAGUUGAUGCCUGCAGCCUUAGUUGAGUCAGUGAAGGAAUGGAAACUUUCCCAAGAGCUUGCACCCUUAAAAAAAACAACGUCCAGCAGCUGAUUGCAGAGUGAAGAGUGUCCAGAGGGAGGUGACGUUUUGGAGAACUGCAGUGAUCUUCAGGUCGGUUGAGAGAAAACAAUAAGAUUAAACAUAGGAGGAUGGAUUUGUAAUGUUGUGACGCUGAAGAUUCAAGGACGUAUUGAAAGUGACGAUGAAUUAAGUUUACACUUAUACUAUUUUUGCCUACUAUUAUAAACCAAUGUCUUUAAGAGAAGAGAAGUUCACAUCCUGUUUACAUAUAUCACCGUGCGGUCGAAAGCACUACAGUGGAAAUUAAUGUAGCUUUGACUUUUAGAAACCUGCCUUUCAAGGAACCUUGUGAUAGAAAUUGUGAACUAUUUUAUACGUACUGUAUAUCUAGCCUUAUAAAAGCUGGUUGACGAUAUUUUAUACUGUAACAUACUGUGCCUUAAAAAGAUUUAAAUCAUGCUGAAGUGUCAGGACUAUGGGAGGCCAUUUGCAAUUGGGGAAAGACAUGCGGAUAGGGCAGUAUACAUGCAUGUGCUAACUGUGAUGCAGAGUAAGUUUAAUAAUGCAGGUUCAAGAUGUGACAACGGACAAGAAAAUGACACAGUUCAUCUAUUAGUUUGUACUGGCAUGGUGGGUGUUCGCUUCAACACGGUUUGCUGAGUUGGAGGCACAGACUGAAACAGCAUUUCCAGCUGGCAAAAACAAUCCUACUGUGGUCUGUUGUCAUGGAAUAUCCACAUAGAUGUUAUUUCUUAGUCGAUCCUCACAACAGAACGGAGUCGCUCAUGAAACUGUGGACCUCACUCUUUGUUAUUUUAAUCUAUGGUGGUUGUGUUCAUCCAAGGUACCGUGGGUCAUGGUUCACAUGUCUUAGUGGGAAAGAUUGCAGUGGCAGACGAUGGUUCCUUACAGUUUGGAGACAUUCAGCUCAGUUCCAUCUGUAAAGUUAAAGUUAAAGGGGCACUCCAGUGAUUUAGUCGUGCAGUUCCACAAAGUUAAGAGGCUCGCCAGAAACAAUAAAGAAUAGCAGAGGCUAAACUCUCAAAACUUGGAUUCCUUGUUGUGGCUUAAAUUCUAAAAUGCUGGAUCCUACCUUUCCCAUAAUGCAACUGAAUAGCAUCUUUCAGAAGAUUUCCACUAACUGGUAAAAUGACCACAUCUUGCAAACUCCCCCACCUCCAGUUUGUAACGCAGGCUUCUUUUUAAAAAAAAUGGGUCUUCAAGCCCACGCAGAGAUAACUGUGAUGACAUCACCAGGGUUAUUUACUCCUCCAGGACUUCACAGUCUGAGGAGUACCCCCUUUGAUGAGUACACUGAACUUCAUGAGCCACAUUCGUGGAGUGCCCCUUUAAAAGGUAGAAUGUGCGCAAGUAUAUUACCAUGCGUUAAAGACCGAUUCUGAAUGAAAGAUUCUCAUUUUAGUUGGGAACAAUCCAUCUUCUUACUGUUAACAUCGUAUUACUAACCUAACAGGUCUGAAGCGUACUGUCCACAUCGCGCCAUGUGGCUGGAGUGAGAGAAAUAGAUACCAACGAUUGCCUUAUGAACUAAGCUCAUAAACAAGUAACAAUGGUUUUGUGAUUCACAGAGUUCUGGCACAAUAGUGAUUGAGCCCAGAGAUUUUUUAUGAGGAAGCCAUUUUAAAUGGCAAAUUAAGAGCCAAUGGAAGCAGUUGAUGGAAUACAUUUGAAAAAAAGAAAGAAAUAUCUCUGCUUUCAGACAUAAUGUCUUGAAUGCAUAUACUUGACUUUUCUAGUACCUUUUCAGUUCAAAUGUGUUAUUUUCUAUGAAUGAGAUGUGUAUUUUGGAACACUUGAUAGAUGUUGAACAUGUUACAGCAAUCUGCAAAAACUUUAUUUCCCUGACAAAGAAAGACUUUUAUGUAUAUAUUUGAUGGCGAUCAUUAUCAAGGAUAGUAGCUCUUUUAAAGUGUUAUGCAAUAUUAAAGUGUUUUUCGUGUGAAGGGCCUAUUGCUGAGAAAUAAACAAAGCUGGGAGUUUUUUUUCCUUUAUGUUUUACAGUAAUCUGAGGGGUUAUCCUACAGAAAUAUUUAUGGAAAGAUUUUUUACAACACUUUUUGUAUAGAAUAUGCAACAAAGUUACACUAAGAAGGAAAAUAUUGAUGUCUACAUAGAGUAUUAUAAAAAAAAGCUGGUACAUAAUUAAUACCCUUUCUCAAUUGUAAGCCAUUGUAUGUUUGUGUUUUGUUCUAAUGUUAUCAGUGUUGAAUAAGUCACAAUGUUAUUCAGUUGCUAUAUGUAACUAAUUAUGAGCUGCCAUUUACAUCCAUACAGUUGCAUGUAUUAAUUUUGUAAACAAUAUUAUGAAGAUAUAUAUUGUGUUAACGUGCAGAAAUAUUUCUGAAUUAGUGACGGCUACUCACCACUGUAUAAGCACGUUAAACUGUGAGAUGUAGUUUGCUAAAAGCAGCAAUGACAAGAAACUAUUAUAAAAUGUUACAGUGUUAUUCGUAGUUUAGGGAGUGUAUACUGUUGUCAAGGAAAGCGUGUGUGACAAAUAACUAUUUUAGAGUUGGCAUGUGCAUGUGUUUGGUUUUGAAUUAAAUAUUAUUUUGUGCAAUGUAUACUUAUUUAAAUAUUUUACAGUAGUUUGCUACAGUACAUAUUGUUUUUAACAUUAUCAGCAACUUCUGAUUGUUAUUAGUCUUGAAGUAUUUCAUUUAUAGCCUCUAUGAAUAAUACAUAUUUACUGAAUGCAAUGUGUUAACACUUGUGGUCAAUUUGGAAAGUUAAUGUUUGUUUUCUCUACUGUCUGUAUCACUUGAGAUGUUUGUAUUGCAAUAUCGCAAUAAUGUUAUACUUUGAAUUGGACAGAACACAGGCGUGAGGUAGGAAAGACGAUGAUUUGGGGAAACAAGGACAGCCAUGGUUUCGAGAGGAGACCACAGGUCUGUUUUUCAUGUCCAUGGAAUGGCAUUCCAAAAUGUGCCUUAUUUGUUAGUUGGGAAAACAUUUUAGUUCCUGUUGAGAGUUUGAUGAAUUAAAGUCAUAUUGAAUUAGG